GGAGGAGGAGGAGGAGGAGCAGCAGCAGCAGGAGGAGGAGGAGGAGCAGGAGGAAGAGGUCGAUCAGCAGGAGGCGCUGCUUACUCAAUGAUCCACCACAGAAGAAGAAGAAACAGGAAGCGUGAAGCUGAUGGUCCGCGUGAGGACUUAUUGAUCAGAUGGAAGCUCAGUCAAGUGACGUCACAGUGACCUCAGCAAAGAGGAAGUGCUCUGCUGUCACAGGAAGUGCACGAAAGAUCAAAGACAAUGCAGCCGACUGGCACAACCUGCUGCUGAGGUGGGAACACCUGAACGAGACCGGAUUCAACGUGGCACGAAACAUCGUCAACAUCCGACAGACACAUUCUCAGAGCGAUCAGCUGCUUCUAGUGGACGAAUCACCUUCAUCAGCUCCGUCACGGCAGACAGGUGGUGCUAACGAGCUGCAGGACGAGUGCUGCAAACUUCAGGACAUCGUCGACAAAAUGGUCGUCGUGGUGAUGAAGAUGGAGCGCCUGAUGACAUCACAGCAAGGCGUUCAGGAUCUGGAGGAGUUUCAGUUUGGACAUGAAGGAAGAAGGUCUCCUCUGUUCCACAGCUGGAACACCAAACACUUUGAGGCAGCGUCUCGUGUCCUGCUGGAGUCCUUCAGUCAGGAGCUGAAGUUGAGGCAGUCAAUCUUGCAGCAACUCGCCCACACCGUCAACUCUGACCUCUGCAUGGUCUACCUGUCCUGCUGGCUGCACCAGCCAUUCACACCCCCACAGACCAGACUGACCCUGGAAGCUCUGCUGCUGGAGACCGGACACCGCCCACUCUGAUGUAACCUGUCUCCCACAGUCACGUGAUCAACAUCAGGGUUCAGGACCUAGCCCAGAGUCUGGAGGGGAAAUGUUAGCCUAGCUGAUCGACCUCCUGAGGCUGCAGCUGAACUCUUCGAGUCUUCAGGUGUCAGAGCAGCUCGGGUCUGAAGGUUUCUAAAUGUUCACAAUUAAUUAUUAGUGACAAUAAAAAUUUAUUUUGUUUAAUAGUCAAAGUAUUUUUGCAUCACUCCGUCUCAUAUUGACUCUGUAGAAGUAUAAAUACUGCGAGUACGUGAACGCAGACAAACAUCGUCUCGUUCGUUAAUUUCAUGUCACAUCGUUUAUUGAACAGGAAAUGUUAAAUCAACACUCGAACAACGAUCAACAUGACAAAUCAAUAAAGUUUAAUCUCCUCCAGUCAGUCCUCACAUCGGCUCUCCAAACGAGUACAAACGUUCAGUUUACGUUUGGAAAACGUUUCUGUGAAGUUUUAUAAAAAGUAAUAAAAUAGUGCAACUUUUUUUUAAACUUUGCUUUUCAGAUUUAUCUACAUAUAAACAGACUAACGAGGAUGGAAACAAAAAACAUUUUACAAAUUUACAGUUUAAAACCAGCAGGAAGACCACUGACAUCAUCACAGCUGACAAGUGAACGAACCAAUCAGAAACUGAGACCAUAAAUAAGUUUUGUUUGGUCAACUUGAGGUCAGGAUCAGGUGUUGCGUCUU